CUUUCUUGUUGUUUGUUAUUGUUGAAAGUGAGAAAUCAACUUUCAGAAGCUAAAUAAACCAUUUUCCACCUAAUUUUCCCUCAAAAAUGGAAGGAAAAGCCCAAAAAAUGCCCAAAGUGGCCAAAGUCAAAAACAAAGCGCCCGCCGAAAUCCAAAUUACAGCCGAACAGUUGCUGCGCGAAGCAAAAGAAAGGGAUUUGGAAAUCCUACCGCCGCCCCCGAAACAGAAAAUCUCUGAUCCAGCCGAACUAGCCGACUAUCAGCUCAGAAGGCGUAAGCAAUUCGAAGACAACAUCCGUAAAAAUCGUACAGUAAUAUCCAACUGGAUUAAAUAUGCACAAUGGGAAGAGUCUCAAAAGGAGAUUCAAAGAGCGAGGUCUAUUUGGGAGAGAGCCUUGGAUGUGGACCACAGAAACAUCACAAUAUGGCUAAAAUACACCGAAAUGGAAAUGCGAUGCAGGCAAGUGAACCACGCGAGAAAUUUAUGGGAUAGAGCAGUAACUAUCCUCCCAAGAGUCAAUCAGUUUUGGUAUAAAUACACCUACAUGGAAGAAACGCUAGAGAACAUUCCAGGAGCUCGUGCAGUAUUUGAACGUUGGAUGGAAUGGCAACCAGAAGAACAAGCCUGGCAAACCUAUAUUAACUUUGAGCUUAGAUACAAGGAAAUCGAUAGAGCAAGGCAAAUUUAUGAAAGAUUUGUAAUAACCCACCCACAAGUAAAACAUUGGAUCAAAUUUGCACGUUUUGAAGAAAACCAUGCAUUCAUACAUUCAGCCAGGCAAAUAUUUGAACGUGCAGUACAAUUUUUUGGUGAUGAUUACAUGGAUGAGAAACUAUACAUUGCUUUUGCCAAAUUUGAAGAAAAUCAGAAAGAGCACGAUAGAGCCAGGGUUAUUUACAAAUACGCUCUAGAUCACAUUCCCAAAGAAGAAACUAAAGAGCUUUAUAAAGCUUAUACUAUUCAUGAAAAAAAGUUUGGGGAUAGAAGUGGAAUUGAAGAAGUUAUUGUAUCUAAAAGAAAAUUCCAAUAUGAACAAGAAAUAGCUGCAAAUCCUACAAAUUACGAUGCCUGGUUUGAUUAUAUUAGACUUGUAGAAGGCCAAGGUGAAACUGAUAUUAUAAGAGAAACUUACGAAAGGGCCAUUGCUAACGUUCCACCUUUAAAAAAUAAAGAUUUUUGGAGAAGAUACAUUUAUUUAUGGAUCAAUUAUGCUUGCUACGAAGAACUAGAAGCCCAAGACUAUGACAGAACUAGACAAGUAUACAAAGCCUGUUUGGAACUACUAAAUCAUAAAGUGUUCACUUUUUCCAAAGUUUGGUUGCUCUAUGCCAAAUUUGAAAUAAGGCAAAAAAAUUUAACAUCAGCUAGAAAAAUACUUGGAAUGGCCAUAGGCAUGUGCCCAAGAGACAAAUUAUUCCGCGGCUACAUAGAGAUAGAAAUUCAGCUAAGAGAAUUUGACAGGUGCAGAAAAUUGUAUGAGAAAUUUCUGGAAUUUGGGCCUGAGAAUUGUGUUACUUGGAUGAAGUUUGCUGAACUUGAAACCCUAUUGGGCGAUUUUGAGAGAGCUAGAGGCAUUUAUGAGCUUGCAAUUAAUGUGCCUAGAUUAGACAUGCCAGAGCUGCUAUGGAAAUCUUAUAUUGAUUUUGAAAUAGCUCAAGAAGAACCAGAAAAUGCUAGGCAAAUUUAUGAGAGACUUUUAGAAAGAACUUCACACGUUAAAGUAUGGCUGUCUUAUGCUAAGUUUGAAUUAAACCAAGAGUCUGAUGAUGGUAUGAACAUUCGUUUGGCCAGAAGAGUGUUUGAAAGAGCUAAUGAAAACCUGAAAAGUUCCCCGGACAAAGAGAGCAGGGUGUUGCUGUUUGAAAAUUGGAAAGAGUUUGAAAAUAUGCAUGGAGAUGAAACAUCUCUGAACAAAAUCACCAACAUGAUGCCCAAGAGAAUUAAAAAGAGGCAAAAGGUCAUUGACGAGGAAGGCAACGAACAAGGCUGGGAAGAAGUGUUUGAUUACAUAUUCCCUGAAGAUGAGUCUAAUAGGCCCAAUUUGAAGUUGUUAGCGGCUGCUAAAAGUUGGAAACAGAAAAUGGAAAAGGAAGCUACUAAAGAAGUUAUUGUCAGUGCAAAUGAUAAUAAUGAAUAAGUAUUGGGAUUUGUCAAAAGAAUAUUUUCUUAAAUAUACAUUUUUUGUCUAUGGAUGUGUUUUUUUUUUUUUUUUGCAGGCGUAGUAUACGAUGUUUCUGCUGAUUAUGAUCGACUGUCUGGAUUAAGUAAUAAAAAUUCCUUCUUGCAUGUCGACGUGCACUAAAGUCAGUGAAGAUUGUGAAGAACUGCCCAUGGUCUUUGUCGACCAAUUUUUUCUCACUUCCUCCUAAAUUUCUUUUCUCAAUUUAUCCAGCAUCCAGCUCAAGUUUUGUCUAUUCCUGGCUCUUGCAUUUGUUGAAAUAGGUGAAGAGAAUUCAAGAGACUGGGAUUAGAAAAAUUCGGAAUGUUCUGAUCUCGUAAAUGGGUUCGGAAUCCGAGAAAAUUCCAAACCCGAACGGCU